CCCCCGUGUCGGUAGAUUCAGCACCGCCUGUGUGGACAGCGCCCGUGUGAGUGGUGGAUAUUUCAGGCGGUGGAGUAGGGAGUAGGAGGGAGCAGCAAGGGGGAGGGAGAGAGGGAGACGUGACUGGAGUUCGCAACGAGACGAGGCGCUCACUGCGCUCAGGUCUGGCACGGCGAGGCCUCCAGAGCGUUCCCAGCUCUCCCGCUCGUCCUGCUUCACCGGUCCUGCCGUCUCUCCCUUCUCUCACACUCUUCUCUCUCGGUGCUCCCCACUCUCCCACUCUCUCCCCGACUCUCCCCGCUCACCCUACUUUCCCACUAUCCCCGCUCUCGUGCUCCCCCCCCUCUCCCAGUUCUCCCGCUCUCGCUGCCACUCUCUCGGUCUCCCACUCUCCCAUUUCUCCCCAUUCUCCACACUCUCCCAUUCUACCACUCUCUCUCUGCCAUCCCACUCCACCAGCCCUUCAACUUCUCUGCUCUCUAACUCUCCCUGCUCUCCCACUCUACCGAAUAUUUCCACCAUCCCUACACUCCGAGUUCUCCCUGCACUCCGAGUUCUCCUUGCUCUUCCUGUCUGCCACUCACCCCUUGCUCUCCCAUCUCCCCCCCCCCCCCCCCCCCCCCCACCACACUCUCUCAAUCUCUCCCCGUACCGCACUCUCUCACGGCACAACGAAGCGUGGGAGCCGAGGUGGAAGCCGCCCUCCCAUGCGUGGGUCGUGCAGGGGCGAGUGAGCGGCGUGGAGUCACCUACAGCGGAGAGGUGAGAGAGAGGUGGGGUGGGUGGGGGGAGUCGGGUGAGCUGCUGCUGCUGGUGGUGGUGGAGAUGUCUCGCGUCAAGCAGGUGGGGCUGCUGGCCGCCGGGUGCCAGCCGUGGAACAAAGACGUGUGCGCGGCCAGCGGAGGCCGCUUCGCCUACUGCGCCACGCUCGCCAUCUACGUGUACGAGCUGGACCAGCGCUACAAUGAGUUCAAGCUGCGCGCCAUCAUGUCCGAGCACAAGAAGACGAUCACGGCGAUCGCGUGGAGCCCGCACAGCGCCGACGUCUUCGCCAGCGCCAGCGCCGACAGCCUCCUCGUGGUGUGGAACGUGGCCGAGCAGCGCGUGGUGGCGCGGCUAGACGCCACUAAAGGCGUGCCGGCGUCGGUGAGCUGGUGCUGGAACGCGGGCGACGCGGUGGCGUUCGUGUCGCACCGCGGGCCGCUCUACGUGUGGACGGCGAGCGGCGCCGACGGCGGCGUCGUCAUGCACAAGGAGGCGCACUCAUUCCUCUCCGACAUCUGCCUCUUCCGCUGGCACCCGCGCAAGGCCGGCAAGCUCGUGUUCGGCCACACCGACGGCAGCCUCUCCAUCUUCCAGCCAGGUUGGAAGAGCCAGAAGCACGUGCUGCGCCCCGAGUCCCUGGAGGGCACGGACGAGGAGGACCCCGUGACGGCGCUCGAGUGGGACCCCCUCUCCACCGACUACCUCCUCGCCGCCAACCUGCACAACGGCAUCCGCCUGGUGGACGCCGACUCGCUCGUGUGCAUCACCGCCUUCGCCCUGCCCGGCGCCGCCGCCUCCGUGCAGUGCCUCGCCUGGGUGCCCAGCGCGCCUGGCAUGUUCGUCACGGGCGACUCCCAGGUGGGCGUGCUGCGCGUGUGGAACGUGUCGCGUACGACCCCGCUCGAGCACUUCAAGCUGAAGAAGACGGGGUUCCACGCGCUGCACGUGCUCAGCUCGCCCCCGCGCCACAAACCGGUGCCGCGGGAGUCUCCGACGAGGGGCCAGCACACGUCAUCGACGAGCGAGGCGGUGCCGCCCCCCACGUGGUCCCAGAGCCGCGCGUUCUCCCUGCCCCCCGGCCAUGCCGUUUGCUGCUUCAUGGACGGAGGCGUCGGCCUCUACGACAUGGGCGCCAAGAAGUGGGACUUCCUGCGCGACCUGGGUCACGUGGAGACGAUCUUCGACUGCAAGUUCAAGCCGGACGACCCAAGCCUGCUGGCGACGGCGUCGUUCGAUGGCACCGUGAAGGUGUGGGACAUCAACAGCAUGCGCGCCGUGCACACGUCGCCCGGCAACGAGGGGGUCAUCUACUCGCUCUCCUGGGCGCCCGCGGACCUCAACUGCAUCGCCGGCGCCACGUCUCGGAACGGUGCCUUCAUCUGGGACAUCAAGAAGGGCAAGAUCAUCACGCGCUUCAACGAGCACGGCAAAAACGGCAUCUUCUGCAUCGCGUGGAGCCACAAGGACUCGAAGAGGAUUGCCACAUGCAGCGCCGAUGGAUACUGCAUCAUCCGCACGGUGGACGGGAAGGUUCUGCACCGCUAUCGCCACCCGGCCGCCGUCUUCGGCUGCGACUGGAGCCAGAACAACAAGGACAUGAUCGCGACGGGCUGUGAGGACCGCAGCGUGCGCGUCUACUACCUGGCCACGAGCUCCGAGCAGCCGCUGAAGGUGUUCACGGGCCACACGGCCAAGGUGUUCCACGUGCGCUGGUCGCCGCUGCGAGAGGGCAUCCUGUGCAGCGGCUCCGACGACGGCACGGUGCGCAUCUGGGACUACACGCAGGACGCGUGCAUCAGCGUGCUGGCGGGGCACCAGGCGCCCGUGCGAGGCCUCAUGUGGAGCCCCGAGGUGCCGUACCUGCUGGCGUCAGGCAGCUGGGACUACUCGAUCCGCGUGUGGGACACGCGCGACAGCACCUGCCUCGACACCGUGGCCGAUCACGGCGCCGAUGUCUACGGCCUCACGUGCCAUCCGAGCCGGCCGUUCACCAUGGCCUCGUGCUCGCGCGACUCCACCGUGCGUCUCUGGUCGCUGUCACCGCUCGUGUCGCCGCUCAUGAUCAGCAUCCUCGCCGAGCGGCCCUGGGACGAGAUCAUCGGCAACACCGAGCGGGUGAUGUCCCCCGGCGCCCCCCCGCUGCUGUGUGGCAAAGCCUCCAAGGACAUCAGGCAGGAGGUGGAGAAGCUGGGGGGUGACGCGCACGCCAAGAAGCUGCGCUGGUUCUCCGAGUUCUUCUCCCCGCCGGGCGGCAGCAGGAACCUCUGGGACCUGGUGGCCGUGCUCCGUGGCCAGGAUGAUGGCACUCUGCCUCCCGACUACGCCAAGGGCAUCAUGCACAUGCGGCACCUCGUCAAGUACAAGACGUCGGAAGCGCAGGAGCUGACCACGGUGAAGAUGUCUAAGUUCGGCGGGGGGAUCGGGGCGCCCAGCAAGGACGAGCGCCUGCAGGAGGCGGCGCAGAUCCACCUGCGCCUGGGCCAGAUCCAGCGCUACUGCGAGCUCAUGGUGGAGAUGGGAGAGUGGGACAAGGCCCUCUCGGUGGCUCCCGGAGUCUCCAUGUCGUACUGGAAGAAGCUUAUGCAGAGACGUGCUGAUCAGCUGGUGGAGGAGGAGGAUGACGCGGUGAUCCCGUGCUGCGUGGCCACGGGCGACGUCCGCAAGCUCGUCCACUUCUUCUGCUCGCGGGGCCAGCUCGCAGACGCUGUGCUCCUCGCGCAGGCCGCGUGUGAAGGGAACAUCCUGGAGGUGGUGAUCCCCAGCGCACCCCGCUCCCCCGGCGACGCAGCCCCCUCCUCAGAGAGCCACGCCGGGCUGCUGCGCCGCGUGAGUGGGGAGCUCGCCGAGUGGUAUUUCCGCGACGGGCAGGCCAUCAUGGCUGCCUGCUGCCACCUGGCCAUCGACGAGGUGGAGCUGGCCGUGUCCAAGCUGGUGCGGGGUAACGAGCUGGAGCUGGCGGUGACUGUCGGGGUGGUGCUGGGCGGCGCCGCCGCCCCCAUCGCUCACCAAGCCGCCCAGCUGCUGGCGCGCAAGUGCCUCGCCUUCAAUCGCUGCAUGCCUUACACCGGAAGUAGGGACCUCGCUGUGGACCUCCUCAAGAUGAUUCCCGACAGCGAGGAGCAGCUGGUGCAGCUUUGCGCGUUCAGCACGGGGAGUAGCACCGAACUUGACGAGCUCCACCGCAAGUGUGAACUUCCCACGCUGGAGGAGUGUGCCGCCCUGGCCGAGUCGCACGCGGAGGCUGGCGACGUGGUGCCCGCCGUGCGCCACGCGCUGCUCUCCCCCACGCCCGAGCGAGCGCUCGAGAUCGGACUCCCCGCCGUGAAGGAGCGGAUGAGCCGCGAGGGCUGGAGGCUCGAGGAGGUGCUGCCCCUGCUGAAGCUGCUCGGCUCCAUCCAGACGGACCGCCUCAUGCUGCACCGCUGCAGCGACAUGCGUAACGAGCUGCUGAUCCUGUGCGGCUACGCGGGAGCGCUGCAGGCGAUGCGCCGCGGCUACUGGGCCGUCGUGCCGGCGCUCUACGAGUACACGAGCCAGCUGCUGCGGCGCCGCGACGUCUCCGUGCCGCUCAACGUGGACGAGCUGGCGCGCGAGCUCGACGCGUGGCGCCGCGCCGGCUCUCCUGGCACCACCGCGGCCGCAGCCGCCGCCGCCACCGCACACGACUCGGCCAGCCCGGAGCAGCUGGCGCUGUUCGCGGAGCUGGAGCGGCGCGUCGGCUCGGAGGAGCUGGCGGCUCUGGUUGGGUAUGAUCACGUGACCGGCGCCAGCCUGCCCAGCCACGCCGACCUGCAGCUCUCCUGCCUCACGGGCGCCGGCAUCCAGGGCCCGGUGUUUUUUCUCGAGGACGGGAAGUCGGCCAUCUCCCUCAACGAUGCCCUCAUGUGGGCCAAAGUGAACCCCUUCUCUCCCCUGGGCACGGGGCUACCAAUCAUCCCCUUCUGAUCCCUCACCUCCAACUCCUUUAUGUAAUUACAUGUAUGUAUGUUGAACUUUUUUCGCACCGUACGUACCCGACCGCGCUAAUCGGAGGUGCAGGGGAAUGAUAACAAACUAAACACAAAAAAAACAGUUCUAAAGAAAUUCUUUUCAAUCUAGAUUUAAAAGUGCAUAGCUCCAGUCGUGGCCUAAUAUCGGAAGGAAGAGUUUUCCAGAUGCCCUCAGAAGCGCACCCGAAAGCGAGCGAUGCAGUGACCGUCCUUGUUCAGUGGCCAGCCACAAGCCGCUGCGAGGAUGGCCAGAGUUCGCGCGAUGGUUCAUGCUUCUUGACGAGGUCAGCAGGGAGCAGAGCAACAGGGCCGUGGCGAGGCCCGGUGGAUUUGAAUAGGGGAAUGGUGGAGCAACUAUGAAAAAAUACCCUGAAAAAUGUCUUAGCUGUUUCCUGCACUCAGCCAAGGCUGUCCACAACCACUUCGCUCAACCCUUCCUACACCGGGAGGUUGUCGAUGCCGUGUGCUGUGAAGUGUAGGUCAGCAGCCCAUUGUUGUGUAGAGUUGCCGCCAUUCAGGCACAAAAGACCAGGACAUUUCUUCAUGUGAAGAAGAAUAUCUGACAACGCCGGAAGUGGGUGAGAUCUACAUGUAAAUGCAUCGUUGUAAUAUUUCAGAAAGGCUUACAGAAAACCCAGGAUGGCCAUUACAACAAGAGGACAAUCCUCAGAAAACCAGGAUGGGUGGCGACCCUUCUAUCAUGGCCAACCCAUCAAAGUGCGGAGCUGCCACUUCUGUCCCAUCUCGUCUACAAUAAAAGUAAAAAAAAAAUAUUUGUCAUUAAUAUAAAUAUAUUACAUUUUUAGUGUUUUUCAGGAAAAGCUGUGAUGGCUACCAAGGGAGACUUGAGCAGCAGGUCUUGGUUAAGGGUACGGUUCCCGAGCCUGUUGCAAGGCUCACAGUGAAAUGACCAUCUCUACCCGCUGGACAAUUGAUACAGAGCUCUCUAAGGCCUGGUCCCAGCCUUGGGUGGUUCAUAAUGGCUUAUGGUAGGGGAGGGACGUCUGGCUAGAGAGGAUGUGUAACUUGAUUAGGUGGAGAGUGUGGCACCUUCACUGUGGCCUUAUCGGUUUCAGAGUGAUUCAACUUACACAAGAAAAAUAGUCCAUCUGAUUUGCCCAGUAUUUGCCGAUGCGCUGGUGGGGUUGAUGGUGGCCUGUGCUAAAUAGCGGCUUUGAUAGACGUCUACGUGUAAAAUUAUCGAUAUUAUACAGCCUUCUUGCCCUCAUGGAUUUGUCUUAAUAACUCCAACUUUAAUGGCAGUUCACGAUGAGUUGAGAAACUUUUAUUGUAACUACGAAGAGCCUAAAUACAAGCGUUCCCACUGGAUAAUUAAUCAACUGGACUAUUGUAAAAAUGUGCCAGUUGUGAGAGCAGAGUACCAAUUUGAGUGCUUGCGAGGGAAAACAUGGGAAUUACUAAAACUGUUUUAACUGAAGAUAUGUUCUGACUGAAGACACUGCUUUUGUGGAAAACGUCAGGACUUUUGGCAGGGGUUUUGAGCCCCACUCUGCCAGAGGUCUACGUAAUCAAGAAUAAAUGUUCUUGGUUCUUUCGGGAAAGUCACGUAGAAGGGAAACAAAAUAAUAAAAAUAUAAAACAAUACAAUUCUCACGACGUUUCGACUGCAACACAAGCAAUCAUCAUCAGGUGUGAAA